AGCUGCGGGGCUUUGCGGGAUUGGCGCAGAAGGAGUCGCAGCAGGGAAAUCGACAUGUUUUGUUCGUUUAUUUUGGAGACUUAUUAACUCGAACUAGCAGUUCAACCAGUUAGAACUGGUCCACACCCAGUCCCAGUUUACUUUCAGUUUUCACUCGGGACUUUCCACGCCAGGCAAGGUUUGCUAAGAAACCAUGACCAGUAAACUGGACAUUCCUCUGCAUGAGGCGUCACUCAGCAUCGUGAGAAGAUGUGGAGCCGAGUUGUGUGAAAUCGUCAACAGUAAAUUCGGAUGUGUGGCCGCCAUCGAGGGGGUGGAGAAUGAGAGCAGGACUUCAUUCUGGCGACCGCCAGCAACCAUUAAGCCAGAGAGAAGAUAUGAGUUCAUGAUGCGUUCAGGUGUAAAAGUUUCUGUGUGGAAAGCUGAUCUCACCAAUUUCUCUGCUGAUGCUGUUGUGAAUGCUGCUAAUGAAGAUUUACAUCACUAUGGAGGCCUUGCUCUGGCUCUGUCUGAUGCUGGUGGUCCUCAAAUCCAAAAGGAGUCUGAUGAUUAUAUUAGAAAGCAUGGUAAAUUACAAACAGGGGAGGCAGUAGCUUUGGGUCCAGGGUCACUACCAUGCAAAAAAAUAAUUCAUGCUGUGGGUCCAUAUCUUCCACCAAAUCCUCCCAAAUAUGAUUUGAGUAAAGCUAAGCCUUUUCUGGAGAAAGCCAUCUUGAAUAUUCUCGACAAAGUUGAAAAAUACCAUCUGGCGACUGUUGCCAUUCCUGCUAUAAGCUCUGGGUUGUUCAACUACCCUCUGCCAGAAUGUGCCAACACUAUAGUGUCAACUAUAAAAAACUACUAUGACAACCUGCCUUACCAGAACCAUCGACCCAAAGAAAUCUUCCUUGCCAACCAUGAUGAUCCCACAGUGCAGGAAAUGGAGAAAGCUUGCAAUGGGAUAUUUGUUCCUCAGCAGAAGCAAUCCUACAGCAAUGCUGUAGCACAAAAUACCCGAAGCGCCGGAAACGCCCCACAACCUUCAGUCACGAUCGGAAAUGUCUGCCUGACUCUAAUGAAGGGGAAAAUCGAAGAACAAAGAACGGAUGUCAUUGUAAACACUGCAUCAGUGGACCGAGUCCUGAGUAUUGGUAAAAUUUCCAGUGCUAUUUUGAACAAAGCAGGUUAUGGGAUCCAAAAUGAAAUAAAGCGAGCUCAAAAGAAGGGCUAUAUCAUCCGCACACAACCUUACAAACUGUCCUGCAAAGAAGUGUUUCACACCUUUUGCACUGAUAAAGCACAUGAUCCAGCAGCAAACCAGGUCCUUUACGGUUCAGUUUUGGAUUGCUUAAGGAUGGCUGCUGCACAGCAGUACAACUCCAUCACCUUCCCGGCUAUCGGCACUGGAGCUCUUGGGUUUACUAAAGUAGAGUCUGCAUCCAUCAUGUUGACUGCAGUCUCUGCAUUUGCCCAAAAUUGUCUAAACAGGAUGCAUGUUCACUUUGUCAUAUUUCCUUCAGACCGUGAUACAUUCCAGGCCUUUGAGUGGGAAAUUGGACUUUUACAGCAAAGAUCAGCAACUUUCAACUUUCCACCUGAAAUAACAGGUGCAGAUGGGAAAUCCAGGCAUCGCUCUCACCACCAACAUCCUCCAGCUUAUUCUGGUGACCAACACAGGACAGAAGCAUCUUGGAAUAAAGAUGAUUCCCACUCCAGCAGAGCUCCAGCCCCACAGAUCAGCCUGGUUUGUCCUAAUGAAGAAUCAAAACAUGAGGCUGAGCGAUGGCUCAAGAAUGGCCUCUCUAUGGAUUCUCACUCAUUCAAGAUCUACAACAACUUCCUCUCGCACUUCAGUGAUCACGACCAUCUGCAGCUGGCCGUUUCAGCGGAGAAAGGGUUGAUCGUGGAGGAGUUUUUCUCAAAGGGUCAUGCAUGUUUAGAAAUAAAUGGAGAUUCAAAGGAAGAAGUUGCUAUUGCUGGUUUCAAGGUGGAGGCUAUGCUCUGCAAAGUCCAAAAGGAGUUCAUCAGAGAGGAAGAACAUGAACUGCAGAUGCUGUCCAACACAGAGCCGUCCCAUCAAAGAAAGACGGUCGAAAAGUCAAGUAAAGAAUUCUCAAGUCGACGUGAAGCCUUCAAUCGCACACUGAGAGUAACAAAGGUGGAGAAAGUGGAGAAUGCUGCUCUGAAGGCGAUGUUCGAUAUGAAGAAAAAGCAGCUUGACUGCCCCUCUAAACCGAUGAUUCAGCGCAUCCCGGCUCAGUUCUGUGAGAUGAUCAGCCGAAUUGGAUUCCAUGCAGAGUGUGCACCGCCUGAAGAUCCAAAGUAUGGAGAGGGAAUCUACUUCACACGCAACAUAAAAACAGCGUUGGAGCUGUGGAAAGAGAAAAGUGAGGAGUACCUGUACUUUGUGGAGGCUGAAGUCCUGCUGGGAAACUCGGCUAAAGGUGAACCAGGAUUUAUUCUUCCUCCUCCGGUUGGAAAAGAUCCCAACGUUCUCUAUGACAGCGUGUCUGGAGGAUCUGACGUCUCUGUUAUCUUCAGCGGUUAUCAGGCUUUGCCCAAAUACAUUAUUUGGGCAAAGAAGGAUUCACAUUCUUCCUAUAUAUAGUUUUACUCAUUUUGGUUUCAAAUCAGAAUCUGAUUGCAGAAAAACUGAUCAAAAAGAAUCUGCAGAGAAAUAAACUAGUUUUCUAUAAAUUCACUUUAAGCUGCAGAGAAAGAAGUUUAAAAAUAAACCUGUAUGCUGACUCAGAAACUAAAAAGUUUUUGUUAGAUUAGAAACUUUGAUUUCCAUUUUGGCACUACAUUAUAAGAACAAAUAUGUUGGUUUCAUUAUAUCUUUGUGCACAACCGUUAAAUACCAAGGGGAAUGAUGAUGAUAGUUUAAAAAGAUCUUAAAACUAUGUUUGUAAAAAUAUGAAGGUUUCUGUUUUUUCUAUAUCUUUGGUUUAGAAUCCUGCUUUAUUAUUUUAUGAUUUAUUUUAUCUUUUUUGCAGUUUGGGGACAAAAUGACCAAAUUAUAAAGGAACAAAAGUUUGUUUGCUGAUGAAAAGUGUUAAAUACGUUCAAUCAAAAACAUUAUUUUGGGGUCAAACCAAUAAAUGCAUCAGUUUAUUUGACUUUGUAAAUCCAGCAUCAAUCUUUCUAUUCUCUAUAAAAAGCUACGUGCCUUGCAGCAUAUCUGCAUGUAUAUUUCUAAGGGAUCUUUGCCUAAGUUUGUGUCUGAACAUGUAAACAUUGUACUAAUGCUGUUGUAAGUAAAUACAUCUAAAUAAAGGAAGUUGGAAAAGAGCAA